AUGAAUCUCCUCAGCCUUCUCCUCCCCAUUCUCCCCCUUCUCCCCCUCACACUCGCCACCCCACCCCCACACCUCUACGACCUCAGCGCCAUGCUCCGCGGCUACGUCCUCUGCACCACCACCGCCGCCUCCCCGCGCGUCGACCCGGCCAUCAGCGCCAUCCAGUCCCUCCGCGCACGUCUCUACCGCCCCGCCGUGCAGGACAAGUCGUCGGACCCCUUCUGCACGGACCUGACCAAGAGCGGGACGGCGUAUACGGCCAUAUGCGGCCCGCAGGACACGGUCAUGCGCUCAAUGGAUGCGGGGAAGAUGGCGAACCAGAUUUACCGGUUUUGUAGAGCGGAGGUGGGGGGCGUGUGGAGGGUGGGGGGCGUGUAUGUGUUUGAUGGGGAGACGGUGCCGGUGGGGAGGAUGGUGCUGUAUGCGGUUGGGGAGGAGGGGGUGGAUGGGGGUGAGGGGGAGGGGGAGACGGAAGAGAAGCGUGAGGUAAUUGGGGGUAAUGGGGAGUAUUGA